AUGGUUCCAAGUCUUUCUUCUACUGUAAAUUAUACUGAUCCUACAUUAGAGCCUGUAGUAACUGAAAAUUCAGUCAUACGACAGAAGAUAAUAGAUUCGCAGUUCAAAUGCUAUGAGAGGAUGAACAGAGCUCCUCCAUAUAAGAAAAAAGGUCUGUUCUGCAAUCGAACGUGGGACGGCUGGUUGUGCUGGGACGACACGCCUGCUGGAAGAAUCACUGCUCAGAAUUGUCCAGAUUAUUUUCCAGACUUUGAUCCAACUGAGAGGGCUUCAAAAUACUGUGAUGAAACUGGAAACUGGUUCCGCCAUCCUGAGAGCAACCGAACUUGGUCCAACUAUACCCUGUGCAACUCUUUCACCUCUGAAAAAUUGAAGAUGGCGUUCAUACUUUAUUAUAUGGCGAUCGUUGGCCAUGCUUUGUCUAUAACAUCCCUGUUGAUUUCCUUGGCAAUUUUCUUCUAUUUCAAGAGCCUCAGCUGUCAAAGGAUAACACUGCAUAAGAAUUUGUUUUUUUCUUAUGUGCUGAACUCCAUGUUUACAAUUGCCCACCUCAUUGCUGUUGUGCCUAACCCGGGCCUUGUAAAAAGGGAUCCUGUAAGCUGCAAAGUGCUGCAAUUCUUUCAUCAGUACAUGUUGGGCUGCAACUACUUCUGGAUGCUCUGCGAAGGCAUUUAUCUUCACACAUUGAUUGUGGUGGCAGUGUUUGCUGAAGAGCAGCGUUUGCACUGGUAUUACCUCUUGGGCUGGGGGUUCCCUUUAGUGCCAGCAUCUAUUCAUGCUGUUGCAAGAGCCAGAUACUUCAAUGACAACUGCUGGAUGAGUGUUGACACACACUUGCUCUAUAUUGUUCAUGGACCUGUAAUGGCAGCUUUAUUGGUCAAUUUUUUCUUUUUGCUUAACAUUGUCCGAGUUUUGGUGACAAAGCUAAGAGAUACCCAUCGUGCUGAGUCCAACAUGUAUAUGAAAGCUGUCAGAGCCACUUUAAUCCUGGUGCCCUUAUUAGGAAUUCAGUUUGUUAUUAUUCCCUGGAGACCAGAAAACCGACUUGCUGGAGAAAUAUAUGAUUACAUCAUGCAUAUAUUGAUGCAUUACCAGGGCUUACUUGUGGCGACUAUAUUCUGCUUCUUCAAUGGUGAGGUACAAGGAGCUUUGAAGAGGCAAUGGACACAGUACAAAACCCAGUGGGGCCAAAGGCGCCGAGAGCACUGUUCCACGCGAUCUACCUCCUACACUGCCACAUCAAUCACAGAGGUCCCUGUUUACCUGUACCAUCAUGAUUCCAACAAUGAACAGUUAAAUGGAAGAUAUGUAGAGGACUCUGAACUUGUUGCAUUAAAAUCUGGAGAGACAUCUGCCUAG